AUGACGUGUAACGAGAAGGGGCAUAUGAGUAAUGCGGACAGGCCGAACCAUUUGCGUUUGAUUGGGUUGGAGAUUGGAUACUGUGAAACUUAUAAGGAUCGUAUAUAUCUGUCUCCAAAUCUGCGGCGUAGGGCUAUGUAUCUAGGUGCUUAUGAAUAUUAUGGAUAUUAUUAG